AUGGCGGAUCCUCUCAGCAUCGCAGGAUCCGUGGUCGGCAUCACAGCAGCCGGCGUACAAGCCUCCGUAAAGCUUUACGCACUCGCCGACAAGGUCGCGACAGCAAGCCAAAGAGUCACAAGCAUCGCGGACGACAUUAGUAGCACAUGCGCUAUCCUCAACCAAGUGCGCGAACUCAUCAUACCUCAGCCUGAUGCGCAAGGCACCCUCAAGUCGGUCUUCAACUCCGUCGCUCUCAGCGAUAUUUCGCAUGCUCUUCGCCGCUGCAGGUCUUCCUUCACGGACAUCGAGGCUCUUUUGCGUCGCGCGUUCGAGCAAGUGGGAAAACGCUCCGCGCUGCGUUCAAACAUCAAACUUUCCCGGUUCGAACAAGCCAAAUGGCCGUUUUUGCAGCCACAAUUCGACGAGUUGCGCAACGAUCUUCGAGAUGCAAAAGGCAAUCUUGUUUUGAUGAUUGCUGUAGCGAGCCUUGCGCUUGCACAGCGAGAUGGACGGCAGCGACCGAUUCAUGAUGGGGAGCGACUCGAGCUUGGAUCUACCAUUGUGCAUCUGCAACGGGCGAGCACAGUCAAAACACAACCUCAACACUCUUCAAAGAUUCCUCGAAGGGAGGUGAAGGACUCGCAAAGUCUUUCUACCUCAGGUGUUGAUGCCGACAAGGGCAUGUCUUCCAAGCAAGCACCCAUGUUUGCGAUGGCGACUUUGGCAAAAGCCCUUCCGCCUGGCCCACCAGUAUCGGACGAGUUCCCGUCGCCUUCCAGUGAUAGAGAUAGAGGAAUCUCGUUACCCGGAACCGGUAUGAGUGUCGCAAAUGUGUCUCUGGCCUCCAUCGGUGAUACACAAGUUCGAGCGGCAGGACUUCCUCUCAGAUCGCACGCAUCUCUUGGACCAAGUGAGCCAGUCCGAGCCAGUUCACGUUCAAGUCCAGGAGGUAUAACAUUGUCACGAAGAGUAAUGAUCCCAGGUCCGAGUUCACCGGGGGAGUCCCACCCUUCAGAUGAACCUAUUCCCCAGAAAUCUACACCUUCUACCCCACCAUUCGAGUCGACGGCAGCAGCCCAGCAACAUGAGACGCAACCAGAGGCGACUCCCGCUGCAGGUAGUGACAAUGUAACCACCGCAGACAAUGACGAUGUAAUCUGCUUCUAUUCGGGAUUUGCAACCACUUUUCUUCAGGGACUUCAAACAGGUCACGGCGACUCACUCUUGUUAGAUGGGAUGGAGCUACCCCACGCCUCACUCGAGAAACUGGUCAAAAAAUACACCGACGAAGGCAACGAUCCACACAUCGCGAUGUCAGAGCUCACACGAGAGCAGCAGGCCAUGAUCAAAGAGACGAUUAAUGGAGACAAUUGGGAAAUAGCGUAUAUUCGCUUACAACGCAAUAUCAGUGUAUCCAGUGUAUUUGGUACAUUGAACGUUGAAACGCUUAAGUGGAUCUCCAGAAUGGAAAUGAAGGAACCCAAAAUGCCAUCGGUAAAUUCUCCGAGUGUGCUAGCCGCAGGAGGAUCUCAUACCUCAUCUCAACUGUCAUCGCCCGCAAAGUUUAUCCGUCCUGCUUCUUCGACUUCCGACCUCAAUCGCAUGCCUAGUACCCGGAGUGGCCAACAAACCGGUGGAAUACGCGUGAACAUAUCCAGAAGUGACUUAGUGUCUCCAGACUUCAAUAUGUACAACCAAAGAUCCUCCAAGCCCGGGAAAAAGCCUGUUACACCUGAAGCCACGCCAAUCCGUCGUUCAGAAACAGCAAUGCCAGAUGCGGACGACGAAUCCGACAACCAGCUCGAUUCACCGCCACAACACCCGCGCGAUGAAUCUGAGGAUGCGCUGGAGGAGCAAUUCUCCUAUGAGAAUCCCAAUCUUGAUAUGCAACUACCGGUAUUUGAUCUACCAACGGUCUCAAGUGGAUUGCAAUUCAUGCACGGAGAGCGAGACCUUCCUGAAGAACCUGCAGAGGAGGAUGGGGAAGACAUUGUGAAUGAGCUUCUUGCUCGGUGGACGACCUCAUGA